GCUAUUGAACAGUCAAGCACGUCACUGAACAUUUGAUCGAGGCACUUGCACCGCAUUCUGAAUUUACCUGCAGUUUUAGUUCAUUCCGAGCCUUUAUUAUGAGCGCAGACGGUCCCAACAAGAAAGUAAAAAUGUCGAAUUCGUUGGAACAAUUGAAGGCACUCACCGUCAUCGUUGCCGAUACGGGAGAUUUUGAAGCAAUGAAACAAUACAAGCCCACGGAUGCCACAACGAAUCCCAGUUUGAUUCUUUCUGCCGCCACAAUGGAGCAAUAUCGUCCCUUGAUUGACAAAGCGAUCAAGCAUGCCCAAAAACUCGGCAAUUCCGUCGAAGAGAAGGUCACGGAAGCAGCUGACAUGCUUUUUGUCCUCUUUGGGUGUGAAAUCUUGAAAAUUAUUCCGGGACGUGUGUCGAUUGAGGUUGAUGCGCGCUUGUCUUUCGAUAAAGAUGCUUCCAUUAAGAAGGCUUUGAAGUUCAUUAGCAUGUUCGAGGAACAAGGCAUCCAAAAGGAGCGAAUUUUGAUCAAGUUGGCAUCGACUUGGGAAGGAAUUCAAGCUGCCAAUGAAUUGGAGAAGAAACAUGGAAUUCAUUGCAACUUGACGCUUCUUUUCUCAUUUGCUCAAGCUGUUGCCUGCGCUGAAGCUGGAGUGACUCUCAUCUCUCCCUUCGUGGGUCGCAUCCUCGAUUGGUACGUUGCCAAUACCGAUCAAAAGACUUUCGAGCCCGAAGCUGAUCCCGGAGUCGUUUCCGUAACCAAAAUCUACAAUUACUACAAGAAAUUCGGUUACAAAACUGUCGUAAUGGGCGCCUCGUUCCGUAAUGUCGGCGAAAUUAAAGCUCUUGCUGGAUGCGAUUAUCUCACAAUCAGCCCCAAAUUGCUCGGCGACUUGGAAAAAAGUGACGACGCUGUGCCAAAAAAAUUGGAUGCCGCCGCUGCGAAGAAAACCAACUUGGAAAAAAUCGACAUGGACGAGAAAAUGUUCCGUUGGAUGAUGAACGAAGAUCAAAUGGCGACGGAUAAAUUGUCUGAUGGCAUUCGCAAGUUUGCCGUAGAUGGGCGCAAGUUGGAAACAAUGUUGCGUGGAUUGAUUGAGAAAAACUAAGCUUGCCGUUUGGAGUUAAAGGUGAAGGAUUCCUUACAAAACUUUUAAAGUUUUUUCCUUUUUCCCCCUCAAAAAGUGCCUUUUGAAAAGGUUUCGUACAAAUUUUUGAUACAAUUCUUCCAUUCCGAAAUUUUUUUUUAUAUUAAAAAUAGAUUUUUUGUACAAUUCAGUUAAAAAAUU